AUGGUUCACCAGAGCAAUGAAUACCACCAAAGUUCAUUCCUCGCACUGGUCAGCGACAUGAAACAAGCUGACGUCGACGGUUCAAAUUGUGAGAGAAGAAUGGCGCCUUGGUUCGACUACUUGCGCCGUCAUGAUUCUGAGUCCAGUGGGAAGACAGCAACGCUUUCUCUCGGCAACAUCUUGGAGGCUUCGCGUGGAGGAUUCCGCGACACCAAAUCUCUUCUAUUCGAUGCGCUUUUCUUCGCGUGGGUAAAUCGAAUGUCAUUUGCGGUGCAUGACGACUGCUUUUUGGAGAAAGUUGGAUGGAAACUUACGACGACUCAGUUCGCCAGGGCUGUGGAAGCCUUGGGCGUUGAAGAACUUCUGUUGGUGAAGCUUGGGGAUGUUCCGCAGUAUAUUGCGAGGCAUCUCAAAGCUGAACUCGAGGAAAUACGUUCAGAGCUACAACUCCACAAAUCGACCCGAAUCAAAGAGUUGAAAGGAAAGGUUUCGCAGGAUCGCUUUCCGCACGGGUCGAGUGUCAAUAAAUGUUUGUCUACAGAGGUUACCUUAUGCAAGAGAGCGAUAAGAAUGUGGCUACAGCUAAAUAUGAUGACUCUUGCUGUUUCGGAUUCAUUGGCAAUCAAAAACAUCACCAGAAGAGCUCUUAUAGAGUGCAAAGAAUGUGGUCGAAUGACAGGAGCAUUGCUGUUAUCCUCUGAUCGGUUUCAGACGGCCAGAAUCUCUUUGCGCAAUUUCGAGCAAAAAGACUCAAGGAGACAAGAACUCAUCUCCAUCCUCAACCAAAUCACUGAUGACGAUACUCAUGUUGCUAACCCACGACGAAAUAAUGAUCAUACAAUCAUUGUCGACAGUCUCUGGGAUCACUUUUACGUGGACCCCGAGGGAUUUUUGAUACAUCUUCUGUCUAUAGCCAGGAAGCAUUCAUCUCAAGCUUCCAUGAUUUUGUCAGCCAUUUCUCACCUGCCAGGACUUUCAGCGUAUCGGCUUCAACCUGAAAAGCCAGUUUCGAUACUCACUGCCUUAUCUCGAAUGUUUCGCAAGUCGAUUUCUGAAUCUUCAAAUGUUUCGAGAUUGACGUCCUCGCACAAGGCGGAUGGUUUGCAUAGGAUUGCACUUUGGUUGAUACAGAAGCCACGAGCCUCGCUAAUUACAGCCAGUUCAGACAUUUUUGGCUACGCCCUUGGAACUCCCUUUAGAGCAGGCAUGGACCCUCGUGAAGCACUUCUCACCAACAUUCUACCUGCGUUAUUGAGCAACUCGGUAAGCAGUUGGUGUGCCCUUAAGAUGUUAUAUUCGAUGCUUUAUGCAUGUGACGUUAUCAAAGAUGGUGAUGCAAAACUGUCCUCGAGGGGCAUAAAAUUACUGCAGGCAACGUUUCCCGGUGGAAUACUUCUGGCACUGGCUUCUUGCCUAGAAUCGAGCAAUACGGAUGAUAGAUUGGAUUCAUCACACCACCUUUCGCUGACGAGGUCAUCGCAUGAACGGAGUCGUGAUCUUGCAGCAAGAUUACUGAGAGAUUGUGUUGAGGAACUUGCUCACCGGCAUAGCCAACUUUCCACACCGGUCUUGCACUCCCUCGCGGAAUGUGAUGACAUAGCUCAGGCAAAAGCAAGUUGGCACGUCCGGCUUUUGUUAGAACCCAUCUUGCAGAAGGUGCGGGGAACCUCUUCUAGCUCGACGAAACGUGAACAUCUUGGGUCCUGUGAGUUGUCCAGUGAAGGUUCGUUGGAAGCAGCACGACAGCACAGUGGUGUGCUCAAAUUGGCGAAGGCCCUGGCAGACCUCAUAAAAUUGAAUCAACUCCGAGCAUUUGAAACUCUGAACUUUGGGGAAAUGCUGACGGGGACGGAACCUCGAGCUCCACCAAAACAGGACCGGCAAAAAAUGGAAAUUAUUUUCCGGAAGAUUGAAAUCCUGAGAUCAACCAAGACAGUGGACGAAUUCCGUUGUGCAUUACUUAUGGCUUGUGCAGCAAAGAUUCCAUAUCUAACGGCGGAAGAAAUGGAUUCGCUGUUUCAUGGUAUUCUAACUGAGUUGGUGGUUCACAUAUCGAUUUGGAAGGUAAAAGCGAGAGAGAAUUCAGACCAAAUAGUAAUUGAUUUACUAUCACGCGUCCUACGCUUUAAAGCGAACGAGAUGAACCGAGAAGUACGUCCAGUGGAUUACUUGGAAAUGGAAAAUCUUUCCCGGCACCUCGCAACCAAAGCCGUCGAAACUUAUACUAAACUGAUUUCAAACGAACGCAGCAAAGGUAGCACAGCGGUGAAAAAAUUAAGGAUUCUACGCAGCUUGCAAACUGCUCUGAGACAAGUUGUUUUGAUUGAAAGUGAAAAGGAGUAUACAGCAAAGCCAAUAUCGAUACUCUUGAACGCGUGCUUAAGACUGAUGGGUGAACUUAUGCUUGAGGGGUUGGCGAACGAGCUUAUGGAGAUGUUUCGCGACUUUCCUGAACAUGAAUGCAAGCAGCGUAUCAUGUGUAUUUGUUCAGUACAAAUGGAGUGCAUCGCACCUAAGUAG